UGGCCCACUAAUAAUAUUUUAUUAUAUAUGUGUUGGUUAAAACCUGAGAGCUAAAUUGAAAGUAUUCACCAUUUAACUGUGAUAGUAAUUAUUUAAAAAGAGGUGUGUGUGCAUUAUCUGUAAGCCAGCUUCAUGCUGUUUUUAAAACCCUAUAUUUUGAAAUUUAUAGAUCAUAAGAGUUCUGAUUUGUAAAAGGAUUCUUUAACAUUGCCAGGCAAUUAGUCUUUGGUUUCAAACUUCAACCUGUAGAUGUACAGCAAAGGCUAUUCCACUAUACUGAUUGAAAAUGGAGAAAACUGAUGAUACAAGGGCCAAACAUCUUAUGAAAUGCACCUAUUUAUAGAUUUGUUUUACUAUAGGGAGGCAGGUGAACACACUGAAUAAGAAUUACCUCAGUUCUGCAGCUUUCUAUGUCUUUUUAAUGCAUUCUGUUUCAGGGUCACUUUCAAUCAAUAUUUCAUUUACUUACUGAGAUUGAAUAGGCGCUCUGAGACACAGUGUGCUGUUUAUCAUACAGAUUGGACACCUCAUUCUAGAUCCAAGAUCUUUUCCUCAACGCUGGGAGCUGUCCUUUCAGCACCACAAAAUUACUGCUUGAAGUUGCAUUGCAAUUUUUUUUUCCUUUAUCACCUGGAGCUUUUCUUUCAGCACCACAGCAUUGCACUUAGACUUUUUAAAUGGCUGCCUUCCUCUUUGCACUGAAGACCAAUUUCGUCUGCACUUCCAGUUAUUGCUAUUACCUGUAGGACUUUCAAUCCUAUUUCACCCCCACCACUCCACCCCUUUCUACAAACAGUUUAAAACUAUCUAUUUCUGUGGAAGUCAUUUUUCUCAUUGAAUGAUCAGAAACAAAGAUAAAUUCUAACCUUUAACGGCUCAUUCCGACUCAUUGCUUACAGUAGAUCUAAGCUCUUUUUUCUGCUUAUUCGACUCCUUCCAGCUUCCCAUCACAUCUGUAACAAACUUUUAAAAUAUUGCCACUCCACCAUGCACAAGCCUUCCUGCACAGUAGAGAUAGAUUAUUCCAUCACAUUCAGAUGGUUAACAGAGGUUAGCGAGUCCUGUAUUUAUAUAUCUAUUUAUAUCGCUUUCUAAGAAAGUGCAUAUUAAUGUUUACUUUAAAAGAAUGUGUAAAUGGUGCUAUCAAGAAAUCUGAUAAAUUUUAUCCCAGUUUUUGUGUACCAGUUCAAAUGUAUGAGAUUUAUUUUUCUAUUGGAAAAAAUAAACAGUCUUAAAGCAUUAAAUUGGUAGAUUUUAGUAAUUUAACAGUGAAUGUAAUCCCUAUGUCAAAGUUUCAUUGGAAAAUUUUCAUGUUGGGUCACACAAAUUACAGCACACAUACUGACACGUUUUGCACAAUUUUAUACAAACAUUCCCCUUCAUGGUUUCCCCCCAAUGCAAAGUGUCUACAAGAUCAGGAAUCUAUGAAAUCAGAGGCAGACUUGCUUGAAGAAAAGCUUUAUUACAACAGAAAAGCAUUGGUCAUAUAGUGAGACUGGUGGUUCUUCAGUGGGCAAAAACAAUCUUAAUCUGUAUAUGUAUGGUGCACAGGAUCCCAUACUUGUAAAAUACUGCAUGUUUUGUUAAAUAAUUUUUAAUCUUCACUGGGAGGAAAGUGAAUUUAGCCUUAAUUAUCUUAAAAGUUUUUCCUCCUUGGUUCUCCUUGUUUUCUCAUAGGCAUUAAUAUACAUAGUUAGCUGCAGUUGUAUGUCAGUGCCAUUUAUACAAUUGGUAAGUAUUAUUGGCAUUUAAAGAUUCUCAUAAGAAUGUAUAACAGUUCAUUUAAAGGUUCAUGGUACUUAAGGUACUAAAUCUCAGAAUUCAUAAAUAUUGUAUGGCCCAUCUCUUACAAAAAUUGAAUGACAUGAACUGAGUUUACAUAAAAUAUUAAGACUAAAACAGUUGGAACUAAGAAAAGUCAUCCAGAAAGAAUAUUAUAGAAGUGUUUCUAGCCAUGUGCAAUUUUUUUAUAAAUAGCUUUAUACCUUAUUAUUGAUAUAGGACAGUUGUCCUACUGUAACGGGGAUCUCUAGAUAGUGUUGAUGCGAAAGCCUAGACAUUUUAAUACAUUCAAAUGGGUCUGAGGCAUAUAUAACUAUCUAUUUUGGCAGUGCUCUGGAGAAAUGCCUAUUUGUAUUUCUUUUAUAAAAACGUGUUUAUUUUUAUUUAAAUUUUAUUGAAUGUAUAUAAAUAUAUAUAUGGGUAUAUAACACCUGUUUUCACUUUUCAGUUUUAUGGAAGAAAUUCAAGAUUCGUCAUAAUCCAACAGUCUGUUCUGUGUGCACCAUGAAAAUGGCUCCCUUUCCUAUUUCCUUUUUUAAAAAACACCAAUCCUAUGUGCACAUGCUCUUUUUUUAAUGCAAGGGAAGGCAAAUGUAGCUGUUCAGAUAUUCCUGGGCUAGAACUCCCAAUAGUGCUAACAAACAUACAUAAACAGAGAAAUACUGGGAUUUACAGUCCAGAACUAUCUGAAAACUCAUUUUGCUCACUCCUGCUCUGUUAUAAUGAAUAAGGAAGGCCAGGUAGGCAAGCACCAAUGUGUUCUUUAGUUCUAGGGAGCCAAGGAGCACAGUACUUCUCUCAUAAAAAUGAAUAGUGAAAUAUGGUAGAUGUUCUAAUUGGUUUAAAAGAGUCUAUUAAUGUACUUACUCUCCAACAUUGCAAUUAAAAGGUGAUUGCUCUGGAUUAUAAAAUGAGGAAAUAUUCUUAUUCAUUGGAGCUCUGCAGUAAUAGAUACAAAGAUGCACUCACAUUUUCUAUCACAUAUAUUCUUCCCAUUGCUGAUAAAUCAUGAUUAGGAAUUGUUCUUUGGAUGUUCCAAUGAUAUUAUGAACAAGAUGCUAAAUUCUCGAAUAAUAAUCAUGAACCUAAAGAGAACAAACCAUCCCAUCCAAAGGGAAGUACUGUAAAUGAAAAUAGUGUCAAGAGGGAAUUGUGCAAUAUAAACCCUAUUUGUAGUAAACUAUGAAUAUAAAGGAGAACAGGUUGUUAUUUUUCUAUAUCACAAUACUAAUAUGGUCAUAACAAAUUUCUUCUUUAACAUGCAAUGUUGAAGUGUUGCAAUUUUUAAAUCAUGUCUACAUUAUGUAAUGCGACUAAGAUUAAUAUUUGCCAUUUGCUGGGAAGAAAAAUUAAACGUGUAAUUGAUGGUGGCGGGACCAUGUGGCACUUUUAAGCAGUGAUAAUUUGUAUGAAUUUACAUAUUAAAAUAAUCUUUAAUACUGA